AUGCCGGAACAGAGCAACGACUACCGCGUGGUGGUGUUUGGAGCAGGUGGUGUUGGAAAGAGCUCAUUAGUGUUGCGCUUUGUGAAGGGCACCUUCCGCGACACGUACAUCCCCACAGUGGAGGACACCUACCGGCAGGUCAUCAGCUGCGACAAGAGCGUCUGUACACUGCAGAUCACCGACACCACAGGAAGCCACCAGUUCCCCGCCAUGCAACGUCUCUCCAUCUCUAAAGGUCACGCCUUCAUCCUGGUCUACUCCAUCACCAGCAAGCAAUCACUGGAAGAGUUGAAACCCAUCUACCAGCAAGUGCUGGCCAUCAAGGGCAAUGUGGAGAACAUUCCCAUCAUGCUGGUAGGCAACAAGAGCGACGAGACCCAGAGGGAAGUGGAGACCAAGGACGGGGAAGCUCAGGCCAACCUUUGGAAGUGUGCCUUCAUGGAGACGUCGGCCAAGACCAACCACAACGUCACCGAGCUAUUCCAGGAGCUCCUCAACUUGGACAAGAAGAGGAACAUGAGCCUCAACAUCGACGGCAAACGCUCCGGCAAGCAGAAACGUACCGACAAGCUCAAGGGAAAAUGCAGCGUCAUGUAG